AUGUCUGCGUGCAGUGAGUUUGUGGAACACGUUUGGAAGCCUGGCUCCUGCAAAAACUGCUUCAACCCAAAGAGUUCCCAUCGGCUGCAAACACCCCCAGAUGUGGGAGCUUGUGGCGUGCUCCCGAAUGGAGUUAGGACCAAGCCUGAGAGCCCUGUGUUGGAAGAUGAAGGUGUAAAUACCUCUCCCUUCUCAAAGCCAACAAUUGCUGUGAAGCCAACUAUGAUAAACUCAGAUGCUUCUGACGCGUGGGCGGAUGUGAAUAUGAAUGCAGAUCUGUCACAGGUUGGCUGGGGCAUGGUUUCUGGCAAACAACUCCUUCUGAAAUCAGGAGAUGCGCAGCGGAUCUGCCUCGACAAUUUUGGCAAUGGUGGUGUGAGAAAACCUUUCCUUCACAACCCGUCCAGCGAUUGCUUGUCUUGCUGUCCUCCUAGCUACUCCAUGGUGGGCCUGCGCAGCCUGGAGAGUCGAGUGGAGAGAAAUGUCUCCAUCCACAGCCUGGUGCUUGUGGGUGAGGUGAGCAAGCAGGAGGACAGAGCCAAAGACAAGUUUGCCCUGCCGCAUCGGGCCCCCUGCCCUAAUCCGUCCACCUUGGGGGACAGAAGCACCACGAACUCCAGCAGAAGCCCUUCUUCCCAAGCCAGAGAAGGAGCAGCGCUCCCUUUGGAGGGUGACUGCGGUCGCCUCUCUUCUGGCUUUGAAAGUGAAGGGGGUGAGUACUGUUCAAUCACGGACUGCUGCAGAGAGCGCCCCAUGUCGUGGGAGCCGCGUUGCACAGAGGGGAAGGGUGCCCAGUGCGAGAAGGAGGGCCCUGCCUCCUGUGGAUGGAGGCAGCGGGAUGCUCCCGAGAUUCCCAGGACAAGUGGCAGGGCAGUCAAGUUCAGUGAAGAGCACAGAGCUGUGAACGUGGCCUUCUGCAUCACAAAAGACCAGGAUGAUCUUCUCCCCUAUGCCCUGUGUUCAGAGAGGAAAAAACUGGCUCUCCAUGAUGAGCCUGCCGCCCUCCCUGAGAGCACAGGGAGCAGCAAGAUGGCUGCCUUUGCCUUGUCCCGGGAGGACGAGGACUUGCCUCUACCUGGAGAGCCCCCUGUCACUGGAGGCCCUCGGCCUGAGGGUUCGAGCACCCCUCAGCAGGCUCUGGUGGAGCUUCAGCGCCCUCGCCUCACCUCGCCAGCCCGCGCUGAUCCCAUCUACGCCGAGAGCACCAAGAGGAAGAAGGCGCAGCUGAAGGCUGUUGGUGGACAGGCAAAAGUGGAAAAGCUGGCCCGCAGCACUGGCAAGGAGCAAGCUGAUGGGACGUGGAGGGAUGGCGGCUGGGCUUUGGGUGGUGAGAAGGAAUACCAGGACUCUGCCGGCCAGGUGGCGGCAAAGAUAACUGUAAUGACGGCGCACACCGAGGAUGAUCACAAGACAAUAUUCCUCAGCAGCCCCGACUCAGCGGUAGGAGUUCAGUGGCCAUGUAUCAGCCCCACUUCCCACCCUGAUUUUGGGACUUCAUCACCUGCCAUUGAGCCUGGAGAGAUUUUUCAAGCCUCUGGAAGUGAGAACAGCCCAAGAUUUCAUCUGGCAGCUCCUGCCAAGACCUCAGUUACUGAGAGUCCAGCUAUUCCCCCAAAGAUGUCCAAAAACAGCCAACCAGGCAGCGAGGGGAACUGUGUGGCCCCGGUAAGCUCCCAUGUGGUAAGGUUUGGUGAUGACAACAGCCAUGAUGGAGCUGGUGUUCAGCUGCUGCCGAGGAGCUAUACUGAUACAGGCACCUUUGGGGCGUCCCCUUCUCCGUGCACUCAUGUCAACGGGGUUUCUGUGGAGGAGUCCAGCAGAAGCCUGGCAGGCUCAUCCUAUGACAGGAGGCAGAAAUACUACACCCCAACGUGGACCAAGCAGUGCCGGAUAGAGGAGGAGGAAGAGCAGGAGGAGGAGCAGAAGCUCUUAACCCACCCAUGGGCAGUGGCAGCUGAGAAUGGAAGAGCUGGGGCUGACCUUGCGGAUGAUGGCCCAGUGCCGGAGAGCCAGACUGGCAUCAGCAAAUCAUCGUCUUUCUCCUUUGACUUUCCUAAAGACAAGAGUAAUGGCAUGGAGUUUGCACCACCGCCACCACCACCACCGAAGAAGCAGUCCAGGCACGCUCUGAAAAUGAACCCGAAUAACGCUGAGUUGGAGAGGGUCAGCAACAGCUCUGUCGAGAGCCUCAGCCCACCUUUCAGGAGCGUCCAUGUCAGCUUCACGGCUAGCUCCACCGACAGCCUCAACUCAGACACACAGACCGGCAGUGAUGGCA